AUGACAAGCGGUGCGCUUCAGUCGAGCCGGACUUCGCCCAGUCCCCUCCUACCUGACGCUCGUGGUGGUUCUAUUUUUGAGAUAGUUCGGCGAAACGACAAGUCUGCAACAGAUAGCAUCCUUUCCGAGAUGGACGACCACAAGAUGUCGUUCAAGACGACAGAACGAGGAAGUUACCAAGAUCCAGACAGGGAGCAAGAGCUCCAUACAUGGAUCUUGUUAGUUCCGCUGACAGAUGCCCAGUUGACGAGACAGCGCCCACUAGACCGUAUACAGGGUCUUACCUGGAACAGAAUCCAAGUUCUCGAGUCAGCGCUCUAUGUCGCAAGCCAACUUUCGCAAAGUAUGGGGGGAUUCAAGAGCCCGCUAGACGUCGAAGGAUCUGGCGAGGAACAGCCAGAAAUACCGUCCGUGGAGUUUCUGACUUGGAUGUUGAAUGACCUCGGGGGCGAUAGAUUCGGAUCAUUUGUAAAUGAUUACUUCAAACACGUGUCUCGAUCAACACUGAAGCAUAUGGGACUGUCACUUCUUUGCAAGACCGCAUCUCCCCAUGACACUGUCCUUUACACGGUCUGCGUCAAUUCCGUGGCCUACAAGUUCAUCAAUUGUCUGUUGAUGGAUGAGGACCAAGACGGGCUUUCCCAGAUGCUACGGGAAAGCGCUUUGAAGUACAAGCGAACGGCCCAGGCUGCGUUGAGGAGAAUCCCCCUCUUGACUUCGCCUUCACUUGCUCUUUUACAGGGCACACUUUGUGGUAUCUCGCCUCCCUCGCCUCGGUGGAAAGGCCUGGAUGUCCGCUGCGAAAUCGCGACGCUCGAUUUCGGUUAUCACUCCAUCAUGACCGCCAUUCUCCACUUAACCCAAGUGAGCUCGGAUCACGUUCGUGGUACUAGAGAGCUUUACCUUCAGUCUGCUCGCCAGGAGCUCUCAGCAUUGGUAUGUCUGUGUCUACCAAGCGAUCAGCAAAGAACUGCCGCCUUUCUGCACUGGACUCUUCUUUAUUAUCCUCUGACCGCCUGCUUUGCCCUAUUCUGCAACGCCGUUGCGACAUCCCAUCUAGGCGACUUUCACUUAUUGAAGACGGUCGCGAACUGCUUGAUACCAAGCGGGACAGUCAGUCAACCGAUCGCCACAUUACAGCAGCUGUUCCAUGAGUUCGUCUUACUCUCCCAGUCCUUCAUCAGUGAAUCAGGCUCAAUGGCGCCUGUAGACGACGGAGUGCUCGAAAAGCGAUCCACCCUCCCCCAAGGGCCCGCUCCCAUUUGCAGCCCAAUGUUCCCGUACGGGAUGGACUCUGCACCUGGACCCUGUCAGGCGAUGUCAUCAGGUGUAGACGACUAUUUCUUCGAGCCGUCAUUCUCUGUGCUUGAUCAAAUGCUGUCUCGAGGCGAGCUGGGAUUCCUCAGUGAAUCACAUUCUGAUGGACACUUCGCUAGUGAGAUGUAUAUCUAA